AUGUCUGUCACCGUCGAGAUCGUACCCACAGCAGACUGCGUCGCGAUGGUCGGCGACGCCAAUACCUUCACAUCCUACUCACUUUCAGGCAAUGUCGUGAUCAAUUACGAGAAGUCGCUCGUGCGAUCUCUGCUACCUGUCUUGCAGCCGCUUUUUUAUACGGUUAUCUCCAUUGAUAUCUUCUUCGAGGGUCACCAAGAUGUCCUUGAUCGAUCGGGCGGGCUGGCGUCCACCGCCAUUUGCCGCAUCCAGCAAUCACUCAUCCCCCCCGGCUCUCUUCCCGUAGUGCUCUCCCCAAUCGUUCACACUCUUGGGAUCCCCUUCGAACUCGCCGUCCCCUCAUGGCUCCCCCCCACCUGGAUGGGUCGGGAUGGCAUCACCGCCUACUCCCUGUUCUGCAAAGUCAAGGCCACGCCACAUUAUUCAGCGUCCGACCUCCUUCUCCCGCACAGCCCGAGCACGAUUGAAUUGGGAAACAUCUACCCCUUGUCGGGAGGGCGGAGCUUGAAGCGUGCAAGGAGUAUUUGGUGCCUCGGCCGAUCCGGGCACACCAAGUCCACACUGAGAACCAUCGAGGCUAAGCCGGUCAGCAUCGCCGUCGGUCGAUUCCGCACACCUCAGUCCCAAAUCGACAUGCAGGAAGAAUGUUGCGCACUCUUCCCGCACACAUAUUACAUCCUCGAGCCGAAGCUGAGGAUAACCCCCGAUAUGCUCUCCGAUGCCGCCCAGGUCAAGCUGCUCAAUAGCCUCGUCCUGCAUAUUGGUGUACCAAGCUUUGUCGGCGUCCAGGAGACUAAGGUGCCCGUAUAUUGUGCGAUCAAGUCGACCAUCAGCAAAGAACUCUUGAAAGAGAGGAAGUUCGAGGUCACCAAGGUUUCCUUCAACAUACAGCAGGUCGAGUCGUAUCAGACACCCAUGGAUCCCGAGUUUGAGGCAAACCACCCACUGCCCCCGGCUGAAGAACAUCCCCCAAACAUGCCUCUGAUGGCACAAAACAUCUUCACCUCGCUCAACGCCUGCGGCCUCCUACCCAAGUCAUCCAACGACGCUCGAUGGGAAAGGCAUUGCGAGCUAUCGAAGCAUGAUGUUACGCACACGUUUGACCACCCGCUCUCCCAGGGACACUGUAAGAUCAACCUGAAUAUUCCUAUCGUCCAAGAGGAGACAGGCGAGGACACAGUCACCAUUUGGCCGGACAUGGAAUCGCCUUACUGCCAGGUUCAUCACUGCAUCUACAUGUCCAUCGACUGCCAAUACGUGGAUGAUUUGGGCCAACUCCACACAGAGAACUUGGCCGGCACCGUUCCCCUCCGCUUCACCGCCGUCGCAACCAGUCGGAGCGUCUCUCCCGUCUCGCCAAGCUUCAGUGUACGGAACAUAGACUGCUUCCAGCCGCGCGUACAGAAGGACGGUAGUCCGACCAGGCCUCUCCCUCCUGUGCCGGCGUACGGCCAGAUAUUCGAUGAGAAUGGCGAGACUCGCAUGGCCGACCCUCUCCCAAAGUACGAGCCUAGGAGGUCGAACAGCACGAGAUCGACCAGCAGUUCGUCAUCUAGCGGACUGAGCAGCUCCAGUGGAUGCGGACCUGAGACUCCGUUGACCCGAUAUGGCAAAACCAGCAUAGGCAGCUGUUGUGCUCCAAUGUCAGUGCACACCCCGCCGAGAAGGCAUCACGCGAUGGCUAUCGCGGUCUGA